AUGAGUCGACGCUCUUUUGAGGAUUUCUCACCGAUCCAUCUCAAAUCAAUACGCCAAAUCGAGGGAAUAGCUUGUUCGGUGCUAGAAAACCCUAAAAAAUCUCUUCUUCGCUUGUCAGCAAUGGAAUUCUGGGGAGCUGAAGUUCAAGCAGGGAAGCCUCUUGUUGUGAGGCCUGCUGAAGACGACCUCAUCCACAUUUCAGGUUAUUUUCAUAUGCCAAUGAGAGAUUCUUGA